UAGUACAUAAAGGGAUAGUGUCCAUGUGAGAAAGGAGAGUCAGAAAACAUCCACAAACUGAAAAACUCAAAGCCAGGCUGAGCCUAUCAAUCUACACCACAGGCCACAACAAUGGCUACUUCACUCUCACUCUCAAACUUCUUCUCCUUCCUUUUACCUCCUAAUCCUUCUCCACCCAAAGCCCCACCGGCUCUCAACAGUCUUUCACUCUCUUCCCAAAAACCCAAAAAUGCUCCUCUCUCAUGGUCAGCUCCAGAGGAUCAAUCUUCUUCUUUAUCCACUGAAUUGUCAUCAGUUAUAUGCCCUUCUCUUGCAAAUGCCAAUACCCUUUUCUUCAAAUCGGCUUACAAUAUCCAGGUUAUUGUGGAUGACAAUGAACCUGAAGAAAGACUGCUUAACAGGUUCAGAAGAGAGGUCAUGAAAGCUGGUGUUAUUCAAGAGUGUAAGAGGAGGAGGUUCUUUGAGAAUAAGCAAGAUGAGAAGAAGCGUAAGUCACGCGAGGCUGCUAAGCGUAAUCGUAGAAGGCGUCCCCAAGCAAGAUUUUCACAACCAAACAAGCAGGAAGUAUCUACAAAGAAGGGGGAUGAGGAUGACGAAGAUAACUGGGACAUGCCAAAUGAAGCCCUUCCCUAUUGAUCGCAUUUUGCCAUGCCUUUUAUUUACUUAUCUUCUUCGCCUUUGAGCUCUGGCAGUUUUGUCUGUCCAUUGUAAGUUGAAUUAGGAUGAAUUCUGCCACUUGAAUUGCGCUAUGCUUUUCUUUUUACAUAAAUGAAGUCAAGAUUUUCAUUCCUUAAA